UAAAACAGUUUUCAGAAAAACCUGAUUCACUUUCCAGAAAUCCAGAAACAAAGGUUCCAUGUUCUUCAGAAUGCAUAUCACAAGCUUUACCCUUUUCUCCUGCAUCACGUAUGUCCUGAUUUUUAAAACUGGUUUCACUGAAAGCAAGUGUCUCCACCCAUGGGUAGAAUUUCAAAAGCAUUGCUAUAUGUUUGGGUUGGACACAAAAACGUGGUUUGAAAGCAAGGUGGAGUGCAAUAAGAACAACUCGUAUCUUGCCAGAGUGGAGACACCAACGGAAGAUGACUGGAUCAUUCAACAGAUCUUUGCUCUAAACAAAACAUGGUAUUUGUGGAUUGGUGGGAACACCCUGAGGAAGGUUGGUGAUUGGAGAUGGGAAUCAACCAAUGAAAAAGUUGGAUAUACAUUCUUUCAUCCAUCGGAGCCCAAUAGGCCAACAACAGAAAGGUGCCUGUGCUAUUUUAGUCAAGACAAAAAAAUGGUUUAUUGGGGAGAUAUCAUAUGCACUUAUAAACGUAGUUUCAUAUGCGAAAGAGAUAACUAAUAUGAAAUUUGCUUGUCAUUAGUGAGUAAAGCAAAAUGUAACUCGUGAUUAAAAAUAAAGGAACAGUAAACGA